CGUGUUGCAGAGCUCAAUGUGUUGCUGAACAUGGAAUUCAAUUGUGUUGGCAUUCUUGCCAUAUGGGGCAUGGGUGGAAUUGGCAAGACUACAAUUGCAAAAAGGCUGUAUAAUCUCAUCCAACACAAGUUUGAAUGUAGUGGUUUUCUUGAGAAUGUCAGAGAAACUUCGCAGCCACCGAAUGGUUUGGUUGAGUUACAAAAGAAACUUCUUUUGGCUAUAUUAAAAAGAAGUCAUGAAGUAAGUAAUUCCCAUGAAGGCAUCGAGGUUAUAAAGAAGACAGCUUUCGGUCGAAAAAAGGUUCUUGUUGUUCUGGAUGAUGUGGAUAAUGACCAACAAUUGAAGGCACUCGCAAUAGAUCGAGAUUCCUUCGCUCCUGGAAGCAGAAUCAUCAUAACCACAAGAGAUAAGUCUUCGCUAAAAAUCCUCGAAUUGGGUGAGAAUGAGAUAUAUGAGCCAGAGAGAUUGGACGAGGACGAAUCCCUUGAGCUCUUUAGUUGGCAUGCCUUUAAGGAAGACCAUCCUCCAAAAGACCAUUUGGACCUUUCACACCAAAUUGGGCAUUAUGCUGGAGGGCUUCCAUUAGCCCUUGAAGUUUUGGGUUCCUAUUUCCGUGGGGAGAGCAUACCACAAUGGGAACGUGCAAUAGCGAAAUUGAGAAAAAUUCCUGAUGAUGAUGUUCAGGGAAAACUUAACAUAAGUCUUAAGAUGAGUUUUGAUUCGCUAAGUGAGCAACUGAAGAAGUUGUUCCUAGAUAUGGCAUGUUUUUUUGUUAGAAUGGGUCAAGAUUUUACAGUAAAAAUAUUAGAAGGCUGCAACAUUUUUGCAAAAGAUGGGAUUCGAAAACUAGCUGAUCGGUGUCUCAUACAAUACGACUAUCAUGACCAAAUUGUGAUGCAUGAUAUGAUUAAAGACAUGGGCAGAGAAAUGGUCAGGCAAGAAUCUCUUGAGGAUCCUGGGAAACGUAGCCGGUUGUGGUAUCCUGACGAUGUCCUUGAAGUUCUAAGAUAUGGCACGGGAACUGAAGCAGUUAAAGGCCUCAUCCUAAAUGCAACACAUGUCCAAGUGAAUGCCAAGGCAUUUGAAAAGAUGAACAACCUAUGGCUGCUUCAUCUCGAUUACAUUCAUCUAACUACUGGUUAUGAACAUAUUUCCAGAAGGUUAUUAUGGCUAAGCUGGAAAGGCUUCCCUUUGGAUUGUAUACCGUGGAAUUUUUCUAUGGAGAAGCUAGUUGCACUCGAUUUGAGUUAUAGCAAGCUGAAAAAAGUUUGGAAUGGAAACAUGAUUCUGGGCAAGCUAAAGUUCCUUUACCUCAGUCACUGCCAUUACCUAACUAGAACCCCUGACUUCUCUGGACUCUCCUCCCUUGAGGAGCUGUUGCUUAAUGAUUGCAAAAGUUUGGUUGAGGUUGACGAGUCUAUUAGAUGUUUGAAUAAACUUCUUGUCCUGGGCAUGAAAAACUGUACAAAACUUCGAAAUCUCCCCUCUAGCAUUUGGAUGAUGAAAUCUCUCGAACGUCUUGAUCUCUCUGGCUGCUCCAACCUAGGAAACUUAGCUGUAUUUAAAGGACCGCUAUAUAAAUUACGGUGCUUAUUCUUCUCGUCUUGGACAUUGCCACCAAAGGCUGUGGAUUCUAUUGGGUUGUCACGCACCCCUGUCCAAGCCUCCAGUUGCUUAAAGGAAUUAAAUCUGGAUGGCUGCCAUUUGUCAUAUCUACCGGAGGAAAUAGGGAAUCUAAUCUCAUUACAGACUCUGGAUCUUGCCAAAAACAAUUUGAGUACCUUGCCGGAUGGUAUCUGUAACCUUACUCGCUUGAAGCAUUUGUGUUUGGAAGAAAACAAUGUGUCAAAUCUGCCUAGUGGAAUCGGGAGGUUGACCUCGUUAGAGAGCUUGUAUCUUGGAAGAAACAGUUUAUGUGCCCUACCGGAUACCAUUGGUAGGCUGUCUUGCUUGAAGAAUUUGUUGGUGGGAAAUAACAAGCUCUCGCAUCUUCCUAGUGAAAUUGGGGAUUUGGACUCUUUGGAGCAAUUGGUACUUGUGGGUAAUAAUCGUUUCUGUGCCUUACCGGAAAGUAUAUGCAAACUUGUUCGCUUGCAGCAUUUGGAUUUGAGUUGCUGCAACUUGUCUCAUCUGCCCAGUGAAAUUGAUAGGUUGAUCUCAUUGGCGACUUUCGAACUUGGACGUAACAGAUCACUUACCUUACCAGAUAGUAUCUGGCACUUUCCUUGCUGUGAGUACAUCGUUUUUAAUAAUUGUGCAAAGCUCCGAUCUCUUCCAAAGCUUCCAACACGUGCUCGUGUGUUUGCAAAGCGUUGCCUAUCAUUAGAAAGCCUACCACUUGAAUUGGAUCAGCUAGGGCGGUGUGUGGACUAUUCGGGAUCCAAUAAAUUAGCUGAGAACAAUUAUUUAACUAGUCUCUUAAAACAACUCCCCAAGAGUAAGGGGCUCUCUGAACUUGAGGAUGUUGUUUGUAUUCUUGUUCCAGCAGGGGAGGAGGAGCUUCGUAUUUGGUUCCCGUACCAUGAUGGUAGAGGGCCAAAUGUAUCUUUUGUGGUGCCGCCUUCUCCUUCUCCUUUUGUGAACCAGAAAAUGUUGGGUUGGAUUAUACGCUUAGUAGUCUGGGCUCCCCAAGUAACAUCUUACCAAAAGGUAUCGAUUGAUGGUGUGAUCUGCAAUAAAAUCCGACGUUGGGAUGGAGUAUUCCAGUUUGCAGUCUAUCCCACGGUUCCCACCGAUGUAGAUCAUGUGUGGCUUAUUUAUAUACCACAGGGUUAUGGAGGAUUGCAAUUAGAAGGCGGUGAUGAGGUGGAGAUCCCAAUGUCUCAGGCUUACGUUGAUGAAUUGAAGAUCCCAAUAGAUGUAACUCAUCCUAACACGUUUGUAAAGAAGUGGGUGAUUGAUCUGAUUUACGAGGCUGAUGAGAUUCACAAAGGCAACGACACCUGCUGUCAAGUGGUGUCAAUUUAGUAGUAGUAACAAUAUAUUCAACUUUGACAAAUACUCACUCACUCUUCUGCUCCACCAGCUGGUAGUACGGGCCUUCUAAGGAGACCUAUCUCUAUCAGAUCUCAACUAAGGCAUAAGACCAGGGCACAACAAGGUCUACAGUUCUCAUACUAGCUCAGACAACGACACGAGCCAAUACAAUGAGGAGAUGAAGAAAUUCAGGAAGAUGGCUUUGGGAAGCCAUGAGUAUGGAGCUAGCAGCGAGUACAGCAACUCCACUAGUGAUUACGGUCUGCGCACAUCUGGGUUGAGUAGGGAAGGCCAACAGACCCCUAGAGAAAUGGAGAUAGGAAAGAUGAAGCAAGACAGUCGACAUUUCAAUUUCAGUUGUUUGUGAAUUUAAUUGCAGAGUGGCAUGCCUUGUGUUUAUAGACAUUUCAAUGUGAGCUUUGUUUUGGUUAUUCAGAUUUGUUGAGAAGUGUUGUUUAACUUGCUUGAGUUCAAAUUGACAGUUGGAUUGGAAUCUGAGUGAAGAUAGAUGAAAUCCAAGCUGCUUUUGGAUCGAUUUAUUUA